ACAUCCCUAGUUUCAGAGAGGCCCCUAGCUUCAGAGAGGCCCCUAGUUUCAGAGAGGCCCCUAGCUUCAGAGAGGCCCCGGGAGGAAAGCGGCUGGACCCUUCUCCCAUGAUGUGACGCACAAAUAUGACGCAAGCACAGCCGGAAGCUACUCAGAGCGCACGCGUCGUGUCUGUGGAGCACCUGUGAACCAUGGAGCCUCAAUCAACUCCAGGAGGAGGAGGGAGCCCCGGAGAGAGGGAGGAAGGAGCGACUCCAGGAGGAGGAGGGAGCCCCGGAGAGAGGGAGGAUGGAGCGACUCCAGGAGGAGGACGGAGGCCCGGAGAGAGGGAGGAUGGACGGCAGAAAACUGGGAUGAAGAGGAGACAUGAGGAGGAAGACGAGACCUCACCCACCAAGAAGCUGGCGACUGAUCACAGUGUGAAGGUGGCGAGUCACUACAACAGCCUGCAGGAGGUGGGUCUGGCUGCACGCAGUCGAAGCAGAAUCUUCUUCAUGAGGAACUUCAACAACUGGCUAAAGAGCGUCCUGAUUGGUGAGAUCCUGGAUCAGGUGCGGGGGGCAGGGCCUCGGCAGGUGUCUGUGUUGGAUCUCGGCUGUGGGAAAGGAGGAGACCUGCUCAAGUGGAGGAGAGGAGGGAUCAGUCACCUGGUCUGUGCAGAUAUAGCGGGAGUGUCUGUGGAGCAGUGUCAGAGUCGCUACGAAGACAUGAAGAAGAAAAGCCACGCAAACGAGAGACUCUUCAGCGCUCAGUUCAUCACCGCAGACUGCACCAAGGAGGUUCUGUCAGAGAAGCUGGACGACCCGCAGCUGAUGUUUGACAUCUGCAGCUGUCAGUUUGUUUAUCACUACUCGUUUGAGAGUGAACAGAAGGCCGACAUGAUGCUGAGGAACGCCUGCGAGCGUCUGAAACCCGGAGGGUUCUUCAUUGGAACGACGCCGGACGCCUUCGAGCUUGUUAAACGUUUGGAGGCGUCGGACUCUCUGUCGUUUGGUAACGAGGUUUUUAAAGUCUCCUUCCAGUCCAAAGGGUUCUAUCCUCAGUUCGGAUGUCAGUAUCACUUCAGCCUUGAGGACGUCGUCAACGUUCCAGAGUUCCUCGUCUACUUUCCACUUUUCGAACACAUGGCGAAGCGGUACAACAUGCGUCUGGUGCUGAAGCAGAGAUUCUCUGAGUUCUUUGGUGAGAAAGUGAAGAAGGAGCAUCAUCGCAGCCUCAUGAUGAAGAUGAUGGCUCUGGAGCCGUUUCCCAGUGAGGAUGGAGGUCGACAGGCUACAGACAGCAGAGGAGAGUACAGCCAUGCCAAAGAGCACUGUGAAAGAGUGGGAGUCAAAGUACCUCUGGGCACGCUGAGCAGAUCUGAGUGGGAAGCAGCCAGUAUCUACCUGGUGUUUGUCUUUCAGAAGAUGUCCUGAUCUCUUCUUCUUUGGCCACGUUACCAGAUGAGCUUGACCUGAUUAUGCCAGAGAGCUGCUGUUCCCGUGAUGCUGUGUUUUUUAACCUGCUCAGCUGUAACUCUGGGACAUUAAAUAAACUGACAGCUACACAGGUGUGAAACUGUCCCGCUGCGUAUCCGGGGCGAGAGGGGUAAUAAUCCCAGAAAAAAGUGGGACAUUUAUGGGGUACAAAAAGUAACAAAUCUAAAAGUAAAGAACUUGAAUAUUCUGACAUUAUGUCAUAAAUUUGAGAGAAACUGAAAAAUUGUGUUUUUAGCAAGGCUGCAGAAUCAAACCAGCCACAGACGGAAAAUCAAAUUAUACUUACAUCAGGUUUAGAAGACACUAACGUUUAGUUAGCUGAAAUGUCCUGAGGCAUUAGGAGCGUUGGACUUUCUGUGGCGCUGACUUAAUGUGAUGCAUACUGGGCUUUAAAUAAGGCAUGCUCGUUAGAAAUUUUGUCCGGCGCUGCAAAACGUCACCAUGUCACAUUGCAUUAAAACGUCGCGGGAGCAAGGUGGCUGCAGGCGCCGAGUCCGGCUGCGCAAAUUUGGAACCACACUAUUUCCUGGUCAGUCAUUGAGCUGGUGCUGGUAGAAUGUGUCCCAACUGACGGCGCCAUUUUUAUAUCCCGCUCCUGCGGUCACCUUCAGCUCACGUUCGACCAUCAAGUCGGCGAAAGUCAGCCACAGUCAUCUCGAACCCAGCUAUUUUUUAAGAAAAGACCUCGUGGCUCGUCUAAAUCUGAUGUCAUUUGAUGUGUCAUACAGUCAGUACGGUAAAACGUGGACUGAAGAAACGUCCCCCUGAGCACAUUUCCACUCAGUGACUCUACUGGCCUGGGUGAGCGAUGUCAACAUAGGAAGGUCGUGGGACGACGGCACACCGUGCGUUGGACUCCUGGGCUUGGCCUGAUGUGUCAAACAGUGUGUCCUGGGCCAUUUGGAGUCGCCCUGAGCACAUUUCAUUUAUUUAAUUUCAAGGCAAAUUCCUCCUAUGUAAAAAUGUCCCUGGCAAUAAACCUGAUUCUGAUUUCCACUCAUGAAA